AUGUUGUCGUCAGCCCCUAUAACCGGGAGAAAAUGGCGUCAGAAAGCGAUGGAGGGGUGGAGUUGGGAAAACGCCCCCACGUGAAGACGCAUCGGAUGCAAGAGUUCCUCACCACCCAGCGGCAGGGGGACGGGGGUAGUCACAAGGUGCGAUAUUGUACGGAACCCGGAUGUAAAAAAUCGUUCACCAGUGCCCCGGGAUUGAGGUACCACAUUAGGUCCCACAACAAGGAUGUGAAAACGUUCCUGUGCUCCAGAUGCAAGAAGACAUUUAAAAGCAACAACGGUCUCAAGUAUCACCAGAAGAACACCAAAUGCGAGGAAUCCUCUGAGUUCCCCACCAGUGAGACUGAUGACCAAGAUGAACAUGAUGGGAAGUGUGAUACUGUUCAGCCCCUUCCAGACCCACAGAGUCGUCUUGACCCGGAGUUUGAUGGGAUGGACAACCUCCGAGAGCUGGCCAUCAUUGCAACAGGACCACAGAGCCCCCUUCUGAGGAAGAGCGCCCCCAUGCCCUGGGACAAACCCAGUGGCCCUGUGGUGCGGACUUUGGACCUGGAAUGCCCUGAAGCCUGUAUAUGUGGACGGGCCAUUAAGGCCUCUGCAGCACCAAGCGUUAGUCUGGAGAGUGACCCAAAGGUGACGUCGUCUUCCCCCUUCCCGUCAUCCCCUAAGGACACGGAGUCGUCAGACGCUCUGUGGUCCCACCCCUGGCCUACCGCAGUGUGGCAAUGCUUCAUGAAGGGGUCCAUCAUCAAAUUCCUGUCAUCCUCUGUUCCCCCAUUGUUCAACGACUGGCACUCUGCUGAAGAACUCUCUGACCACCAGUCUCUCCGUGAAAUCACACAGACAGCCGAGCAGACGACAUCUAUAUUCAGUGAGCCUGUGGGUUUCCUCCUGACCAAGAAGGAGACCACAGACCCGGGGUAUACUGGCAAGUUAGACCUGUACUUCAUGACUCACACCAUUCAGGGAGACACCGAUUCCAUCCACCUCGUCGCUCAGUGCACCCAGGACCACCCCUUCUUUGUCAAAGACAAAGGCUGGUCGUCGUGUGAUCCCCAGAAGACAGUCACAGAGUUCGGCAUACCCUGCCGAGAGUUGACGGAACAGGAUCUGUGUCUGCCUCCCACACACCCAGACGCUACCUUCUAUGGAAGUUACCAGUUGUCUGCCCUUGAUUCCACUGCCGUACUGGCCCUGAGCUCCAUGGCACAGCAAAAGAAGAACCAGGAGCGCCAGUCACUCUCCUCCCCCGACUCCCCCUCCAAGGAGGACACGUUCAAGUUCGACCUGCCGAAGGCCAAGCGACCAAUGAAUGCAUUCAUGCUGUUUGCCAAAGAGAACAGAAUUCAGUACACGCAGAAGUAUCCUGGCAAGGACAACAGAGCAAUCAGUGUGUUGCUAGGAGACGAAUGGAAGAAGCUAACACCACAGGAUAAAAAGAAAUUCAAGGAAAAAUCAGAAGCUUUGGCGAAGGAGCAGAAACAGCUACACCCAGACUGCUGGAAGAGGAAGAAAUAGACUAUCUUCCUGAAUAUCCUUGGUAUUAGCCAAUCUGUGAUCUCAGCUACGACCACUGCCAUUUGAUUGGACGAAGCCAUACAGCCAGUUUCAAUUUCACUGGAUGGAACUGAAAUACUUAUUCCAUUUUGAUUGGAUGAUUGUGAAUGAGUUUUUUUGUGAGUAUUUUUGUGAUUGAUGUAAAAUAUUUGGAGGAUUACACCACGCUAUACACCACAAUAACCAGAAAAUUGUUGCGACAUUCUUACCUGUUUUUGCACGCAUUUUGGUGCUGCCGGAGAUACUAUUCCAACGUUUUUGUAGAGUCACAAUUCAUAUGAUAAUGUUGAAGUUUCAUAUUUUUUGUCGAAGCUAUUCCCAUCAACAAUGUUUAUAACGAACAGUUACAUGUGUAUCAUAUAUAUAUCCUGUUUGCCUGUACGCAUUCAUACACUGCCAAGUGGUCUGCAUGUACAAGUUCAUUCACUGCCAAGUGGUCUGCAUGUACAAGUUCAUUCACUGCCAAGUGGUCUGCAUGUACAAGUUCAUUCACUGCCAAGUACUAUACAGUUUUGUUUUGAUAAGUUUAUUUCUUUGUAGAUAGCACAGUUUGCAUUAGAUUAGGUGUGUCUAUUUGGAGGAUAUUUGUACUGAAGCCAGACCAAAUUUAUUACUUGUUUUAUGGGAAACGUCUUUUGAAAUGUCCAGAUGCAGAGGGGACAAAAAUGGAAAAGAGGAAUUUGUUCAAGCGCCUAGGUUAAUUUGUUGAAUGAUGCGCCAAGUAAUAUUCAAACUAAAUGAUGGUUUGUGUGUAAAAGACCUAGUCUGGACCAGAUAGUCCAGUGAUUGACAUCAUGAACAUUUGAUCCAAUUAGACAAUCAGUAUAAGGCCUUUAUUUCAAAUACUGCAAUUAAAUGAAUUUAAAUUCUCCUCCAUUACUUGAAAUUCAGAAGCAUCUGAGUUAAUUUUAUUAUUUGAUUAUCCAGCAGGAACGCCAAUUGUGGACUGUUUUUCAUGCAUUUUGCAAAUGUCUUGGAUGUAAAGCAAGUAAAAGAUUUGAUCUGGUCGUAGAAGAUAUAUUUAUAAUGACUAAGUGCUAUGAUUUAAGUGCUAUGAUUCAAAUGCUGGCAACGUCUGGUGCAGUAGAUUUGCUCUUACAUUUCCUCUUUGUAUUAUGGUUUGUUUCAUGGAAAUUGUUUCUGUUUGUUUGUUUUUUUGGCAAUUGUUGAUAAUCUGACAAGUUUAUUUGUUGUGCACACCGACAUAUGUAUAUGAAAGAUUAAACAUCAAAGAUGAUCAAUUCUUCAUUUUGCAUAGGCUAUUCAUACUGAUAUGAAGAUAUUCUUUUCACACUUUGCUAAGGAUCAAAUCAUGGAUUCAACAGAAAACUAUUAUGUGGGGUCAAAUUUGGUUUC